CCUCCCUAGUCGCCAGGAUUAUAGGCGUGAGCCACAGGCCACCACCUAGGCCUCUGCAUUAAUAUGCAGUGAUGCAAAGAAGCAAAAACCACUUUCUCCCCAGGUUUCCCAGCAAGGGGCUUGAGAAAGAAAAGGCAUUUAGUUUUUCUGUAGAAUGUAUCGCUGCUCAGUGUUGAGAAUUGACCACAGAACACAACAAGAUCCUUGCUGGCACAUUACUGGAUAUUUUUGUUGCACCUUGUUAAGAAUUGAGCUAGCUGGCUAGUGACCACUGACGUGGAAAGAUCUAAUCUUGCAGCGCACGUUUAUUCUUCCCACUGCAUCGUAGCAAUGUCCUACGUGUUUGUAAAUGAUUCUUCUCAGACUAACGUGCCCUUGCUACAAGCCUGUAUUGAUGGCGACUUUAACUACUCCAAGCGGCUUUUGGAAAGUGGCUUUGACCCAAAUAUUCGUGACAGCAGGGGCAGGACAGGCCUGCACCUCGCCGCAGCCCGAGGGAACGUAGACAUCUGCCAGCUGCUGCAUAAAUUCGGUGCUGAUCUGCUGGCCACAGAUUAUCAAGGAAACACAGCUCUUCACCUCUGCGGCCAUGUGGACACCAUACAGUUCUUAGUGUCCAACGGACUCAAAAUUGAUAUUUGCAAUCAUCAAGGUGCUACCCCUUUAGUUCUGGCAAAGCGCAGGGGUGUGAAUAAAGAUGUCAUCCGAUUGCUGGAAUCCCUGGAAGAACAGGAGGUAAAAGGAUUUAACAGAGGAACCCACUCAAAACUGGAGACUAUGCAGACGGCUGAGAGCGAAAGUGCCAUGGAGAGCCACUCUCUCCUCAAUCCCAACCUACAGCAAGGUGAAGGAGUUCUUUCCAGCUUCCGAACCACAUGGCAGGAGUUUGUAGAGGAUCUGGGCUUCUGGAGGGUCUUGCUUCUGAUCUUUGUCAUUGCUCUGCUGUCUCUGGGCAUUGCUUACUAUGUUAGUGGGGUCCUGCCCUUUGUGGAAAACCAGCCUGAACUGGUACAUUGAAGGAGCUCAUGGGAGAUGAAGCAAAGAGCAGUUUCAUAGCUCCCCAAACUGUUCUGUUUCUCAGAAUUUUUCUUAGUACAAGGCAGUGAGGGCUGUACAUUUUGCUUUUGCGUUUUUAUUUACUAUGACCCUGUUAAAAAGAGGAUGUGUUUGUUUAUAAUCAAGUAUACUGCAUCCUUAUGCUACCUCUGGAGGAAAGCUCCCCAUAGCCUUGCCUGGUGUAAUUGUAGUAACCACUAGAUUGGAAGCUGCAGAGUAGAGGCCAUACCCUGAGGCAGGGCCAACUGACAUACCCAAAACACAAAGGACUUUCUUGGAUGAUUCAGGCUUGUUUUUACUCUUGUUCAUUUUUUGCAAGAACCUCUUUUCUCUUUUUAUUUACUUUCUAUAUAGCAAAUUAGUAUGAUUAAACUAUUUGGUUUGUUUUAGUAUCAAUGAUUUAAUUUUUUUUGGGGGGGGGUGUCAGUUGAGGGGCUUGAACUCAGGGCCUGGGCACUGUCCCUGGGCUUUUUUUGCUAGCACUCUAC